AUGACCUCUAAAGUCUCGUUUACAGUCCGACGGCCAACCCCAGUAUCGCGGGAUAACUCCUCUGGCCCAGAAUCGGACCUCAGAGCCUCAGCUCUUCCACGUCAUCUUGCACACAACUCAACUCCAAAUAGCCCUCUCAGUCGGAGCCGCACAUCUUCUCCUGCGCGUUAUUAUGAGACCCCGGACUCAAGCGACGAAGAAGAUGAGUCCAGAGACGAGCUUGUGACGGCGUUUGAUGCAAUGGGAGCUCAGCGUCUGCACGAGCGCAAGAAAGAGUCAACUGGACCCCUCGUCAUCCCUGCUCUAAAAAACCGCGACUGGAGGGAACUGGCCCGCAAGAGGCGAACGGCUGGUCAAUUCGUACCUGAAUCCGCCAAAGCGACGACAGGUCAGGAUGGGAGUGUUGGUGGUCUUGGAACACGAGAUACGAUCAACAGUGGUCCUGCCCGCUCCGGGAUCUACGUCAAGACCAAGACGCAAGAAACAGAAGGGGCUACGACAGUCGAACAGGAGGAGGAAGUUGACAUGGUCGAUGUCAAAGAAGAAGUGGUCGAAGAAGAAACCGAAGACCAAAAGGCUCUGCGUGCCAUUCUUUCCGAAGCAAAUGGUGUCGGGCCCAACGCCACACCUAUCGCCGACAUUAUACCUUCUAUUUCUGAAGCUGACGCCCUUAAACAAGACGUUGAAGAGCUCCCUGAUGUUGCAUCAUUGGAGGACUAUGCACGAGUUCCUGUUGAGCAAUUUGGUCUUGCUCUUCUUCGUGGUAUGGGGUGGAAAGAAGGGACAGCAGCUUCGAGAAAGCCUGGCAAGGGCAUGAUCCAACCUUAUUUACCUGAAGCACGACCAGCUCUACUCGGUAUCGGCGCGAAGCCACAAGAAGUCUACGAUGACGGCUCGGAUUCCAAAAAGAGGAAGGGUGGUAAACAGGAUCUGCGUUACAUCCCCAUCCUCAAACAAGAAUCAUCCAGUCGUCGAGAGUCCAGUCAAGACAGUCGGCGCGACAAUGGGUCAACUAGUCAUUCACGCCGUACCUCCCGGUCACGGUCUCCCAGUAGGCGUGACCGCGACGAAAGGAGACGGUAUGACAACGACGACCGAAGGAGGGAUUCAAGUCGGCGAGACUAUGAUCGUAAAGAGUCCAGUCGACGCGACUACGACAGACGAGAUGACUCAGACCGCUACUCACGAAGACGAGACUGA